GAGACUCUACCCAGCGGGACAACGUUACUUUGCCGUCAACUGUCUUGUGUAGUAGGUGUUUCUUCAGGCGAACAAAUUGUAGACGCAUUUCUUCAACUAUCAUAUCAGGAAGAUGAGCGCAAUCAAAAGCAUCUACGAACUUAGUGCCAAAGCACUGUCUGGUGAGAUGGUCUCGUUCAGCAAGUAUAAAGGGAAGGUGAUUCUUGUGGAGAACACUGCCUCUCUCUGAGGCACGACCACCCGGGACUUCCUCCAGAUGAACGAACUUAAGGAUAAGUUCGGCGAUGCUCUGGAGGUCCUGGCUUUCCCCUGUAACCAGUUUGGUCAUCAGGAAAACAACACUGAAGAAGAAUUGUUGAACACAUUGAAGUAUGUUCGCCCAGGGAACAAUUUUGUGCCUAAGAUGGAGAUCUUCGGAAAAGUGACUGUUAAUGGGUCAGAAGCUCACCCAAUAUUUAAGUACCUGAAGGAACGCCUUCCACUGCCUUCGGAUGACUCGGUCAGUUUUAUGAACGACCCACAGUGCAUCAUCUGGAAGCCGGUCUGCCGUACGGACAUCGCCUGGAAUUUCGAGAAAUUCCUGAUUGGCAAGGAUGGACAGCCUUUCAAGAGGUAUAGCAAGAAGUACGAAACCAAGAAUAUUGAGGAAGAUAUAAAUGCGCUCUUGAAAUAAGUUUUUAUUUUUAUUGAUGGUGUGAAAGCAGGAUAGAUUCCAAACACGAACCCGAUCCUUGGAAACGCUAUAUGAAGAGCACCUGGGAAAACUCUGUUGCAGGUGCUUGGAAGUCUUAUUGAAAGAAGUUUCCCAGAGUCUGGUUGCGGCUGAAAUCUAACAGAUGCUUUUUCACCUUAAUUUUGUCAGAAGAAAUGUUUCGAGGGUAUAUGAGAUUUAUGAUUUAUAAUAAAAUGUUUGAAAUAU